AUGGGAAUUGUUAUUUCUUUCCAUUCUUCGAGACCUAAAUUUUGUAAAAGAGUAUUUGGAGAGGUUGACGAUGAUCGCAGAUUUGAUAUUUCUAAAGAUACAUUUAGGAUUAAGGUAUUUUUAUCAGUUAUAGAUUGUAUAAUAUUUAAGCUCAAAGAACGGUUUAAUGGAAUGAAAGAUGUUUCUGAUCGUUUCACAUUUUUAAGCCCGAAAUCAAUUUUGAACUAUGGCCAGUCUUCCCUAAUUAAGUCUACAUAUAACUUUAUUCAAUUUUAUAAAGAUGAUGUAACUUCAGAUUUCACGCGGCAAAUUUUAUGCCUAAAAGCAAACAUUUUAUCUCAAAAUCUAAAAAUUAUUAAAGAUCUAUGUGUAUUUAUUAUUGAAAUGGAUUUUUCUAUAAGUUAUCCAGAUGUAUUAUCAGCAUGUAUUUUAUUUUUAACUUUACCGAUAACAGUCGCGUCUGCAGAACGCAGCUUUUCUAAGCUUAAAUUAAUAAAAAAUUAUCUUCGGAAUUCUUCUUGUCAAAAUCGACUAAAAAAUAUAAGUAUUUUGAAUAUUGAAAGUAAACGAACCGCGGAACUCAAUAUUGACAAGAUAAUAACAGACUUUGCCAACGCAAAAGCCAGAAAAAAAAACUUUUUGAAAUAA